CCCCGGAAUAACGAGUGCGUCCCCCGCUUUUUUUUCGAUUUUCCUGAUUUUCCGCCUCCCUCGUCUUUGUCCCUCGUCCGUCCGUCGUCUGUCCGUCGUCUUUGUCCUCUUGUCUGUCCGUCGUCUGCUGUGUCGUCAACGCGUGUCUGGUGCGUUGGAGAGUGUCCGCGGAAGGAGGUUGGGGGGUUGUUUUGGUUCGAGUUUGUGGUAGGUCAUGAAACUUGGGGACGGAUCCGCCGUCAGCUGCAGUGUUUUCGCGGUCGAGUUCGGGCCGCACGGGCUUCCGAUUCGUUCGAAUUUCCAUCCACUCGGUCCAGUCGUCGGGCUUUCAAAGUGUGAUCGACCGUAAACACAUAAUCUACUAUGUCAGUUCAAUCAUCCGGCCACUAUCUCAGGUUUUAAGCUUCAUUUUAAAAGACUGUCGCCAUCGCUCCAUGUAAUGUGACACUUACCGGAAAAUACCGCCAUGAAAAACCAAAAUUCGAGCGCAGAAUGAGUUACAGCGCGUCAGAAACGCUUUCCUCGCCUCUUUUCGCCAGUGAGAUUUUCCUUUGAUUUUCCGGUGGACCCUUAAAUCUUCGAAUUUCGACCAUGGAUGAGCCGGAGAUCCAUUCCAUCGGACUGACAACUACCUCUCUGCCGGCGAGUUAUAGUAACUCCUCAGGUAUCUCGAGCCUUGCAAGUUGCGCGUCCAUCGAGAACUUUCCUGAACUGCCAACCCAUGAUGAAGAGAGACUUCAGCGGGCAGCCAAACUUCUCCAACAGAGAUUUAUUUUUCGACAGUGGCUGUCAAACAUUGGACUCUUGCAUCACCACCACCGUUUAUUGCAAGAAGAUGUAACUUCAUUGGAGGACGUUUACUGGUUGGAGGACAAUCGUGCAAAGCAGCUUUUGGGAAAAGAUUUCACGAAUUGGUCGAAGGCACGAGAGGCAUUGCCGAUAAAUAAAGAGCACUUGGCUGAACUGAAAUCAGAACUAUGGAGCACUGUUGUGAAAAGCAGUCAGCAUCAGGAUGCUUGGACUUAUGGUGGCAUGUUAGUGGUAUCAGUGAGUAUUGCAGGGCUUGUGACCCUUGCUGCCAUGACGCAGCCGUCACUAGCCCCUCAAGCAAAACACUCCCUUCUCCAAUAUGUCACUGGCAAGUACUUGCUUCCAACAAACUGCAGAGUUACUUUCGAGUGGACAGACCCGCAUAUAGUCGGAAAAACAAUGACAUUUGUGGUUCAUUUUUACCAAAGAAACGGGCAACCGUAUCCAAUAUGUGAUAAAGACAACCUGUGCAUCGAGGUGAGUGAAGGACCUCGUCGAGUUGCAACCCUUAUCGAACUGGGAGGUCGAGAACCAAGCAGCGCAAACUUAGCAGUCGUGAAGUUCACAGUAAGGCAUGCGGGUCAAUACAGAAUCCUCGUACUCAUUGGAAAUAUUCAUGUCCAAGGCAGUCCUUUCUACAGAACUUUUUUGCCAGGUCCUCCGGAUCCUUUGAAAACUGGAUUUGUCCGUCAAAGUUCAACUGUGAUCUGCACUGCAAAAUUAGCCCAAAUCCUUUCCAUAGAACCUCGCGAUGAAUUCAGCAACCUUUGUCAAUUCUCUGAUGUUGACGAUCCAGCAAAAGGCUAUGUUGCCGAAAUUUCACAGCAAGGCUCAAAGCCAUUCCCUGUAAUUUGGAAGUUUGAAUAUGAUAAAUCUAGUCUUAAUAUAAAGUUUGAAGUUUUAUUUCUCCAAGAAGGCAUUUACCAGGUGAAAGUUUUGUACCAAGGCGAACCUUUGCAUAAUGGAGAAUUCGACUGUAUUGUUUUGAAUGUGGCUGACGCAGCAUUGGUUCGUAAAAACGUAAGCGACCAUAAUACAUGUUACGAGGCAAGGCUGUUGAAGUUCCAGGGUGAAACUUUGCUGAAACCAAAGAAAGUUGUUGUGUAUAUAUCUCCCAAGCAGCUUACAAUCAAGGAGUUCCUCCUCAAGUUCAUCCCGAAAAGACUCGUCACUUUUCGGUUGUGCCCCUCGACCAAGUUCCAUUUUCAAAACGAAAGUAAUCAGACCUCAUUGCCUGUCUUCUCAAUUGAUGACGGCUGCCAGCCAGAAGUUGAGCUAAUGUCCAAAGACCGAAAUGUCAUCGCAGCUUCCUUUACUUACUUCCUUCUAAAAAAUAUAGGUGGGUCAGAAACAUUUAAGGAUAAACAAGAAUUUUUUUACCAUGAAGUUCGGCGGUAUCAUCACAAACACUACCACGAAAAGUUGCUAAUGAAAGUCAACAGACACAAACUAUUAGAAUCAUCCAUCAAAGCCACCAAGGGUUUCUCCGUCGCAGAUUGGUGCAGGAACUUUGAAAUAGACUUUCAAGGAGAGCAAGGCAUUGACUGGGGUGGACUUCGUAGAGAGUGGUUCCAGCUUAUUUGUGCAGCACUAUUUGAACCAAAGAAUCAGCUGUUCAAAGGGUUUUCUGACAGUCUAGAUAAGCAGGCUUUAGUUCAUCCGAACACCAAGAGACCUCCUCAUCUGAAACUAAAGCAUUAUGAAUUUGCGGGGCGCGUGGUCGGCAAAUGUCUGUACGAGUCAGCCCUUGGUGGCGGCUAUCGUCAGUUGGUGAAAGCAAGAUUUACCAGAUCGUUUUUAGCCCAGUUGAUCGGCCUUAGAGUCCAUUAUAAGUAUUUUGAACAAGAUGACCCAGAUUUGUACCUGACAAAGGUGAAAUAUAUUCUCGAGCAUGAUGUAAAUGACAUGGACCUGUAUUUUACGGAAGAGGACUAUGACCAGUCGGGACAACUAGUCCAAAUUGUUGAGCUGAUUCCCAACGGAAGUAAGAUUCGAGUCACCAACCUCACAAAACAUCAAUAUUUAGAUGCGCUUGCUCAAUAUCGCCUCGCAACACGACCAAAGGAAGAGAUAGAAUGCUUUUUGCGCGGUCUGAAUGACUUGAUCCCUGAUAACCUCCUCAGUAUUUUUGACGAGAAUGAACUUGAGCUCCUUUUGUGCGGAACAGGCGAAUAUAGCAUCGCUGACUUUAAAGCGAACCACAUCGUCAAUGGCUCCUCACCUGAAUUCCGUCGUUUGCUCGAGUGGUUCUGGACAACAGUCUCUAACUUCACCACCGAAGAAAUGGCGCGACUCCUCCAGUUUACGACUGGCUCCUCUCAGUUACCUGCGGAGGGUUUCAAGGAACUCUCCCCAAAGUUCCAACUCACUCCCGCGCCAACAUUUGGCAGUUUGCCAACAGCUCAUACCUGUUUCAACCAGUUAUGCUUGCCGGACUAUGAUACUUACGAACAGUUCGAAAAGGCUCUGCUACUGGCAAUAAGUGAAGGGACGGAAGGAUUUGGCAUGAUCUAAACACCAAGCUCCUGGCUUGAGCCUUCUUUAAUCCCUCCGAGAGCUACCUCACCAAACUUACAACCAAAAAUCUUUCUAUUAUGAUAAGUAUUUCUUGUUACUUGAAUUCGUUCUCUACCUGACAAAUACUUAGUGGACGGAAAACAUUCUCAUCAUUUUUACCAAGUAUUGCCAUGAGGUAUAGGUUCUCAUUUCUUUGUGAAAUUCAAAGAGAUAUUUUGAAGUCGCAGGACAGCUUUGAAUCUUGACGUUUCGAAGGUACAGGUCUAAUUGCUUCAAAUUUUGAUUCUAGGAACAACAGUGUUGCUGUGAAUCUGCUCUAUUGACUGGCAGCUCUGUUCCUAGUAUUUUAUCACACCUGCCGUAUUAUAAUUUCUUAUGAUGGACCCUGUAACCCGUUUCCACUCUGGUUAUCAGUAAAUUUUAAUCUACUGAGGUUGGUUCUUUGCCAUACAGCCUUAAGGGCUCUUUGAUUCUUUUGAUGAGCAGCUUUCUGCUGAAGUACUUUCUCAAUAAUCUGAAGUCUCUGCAUUGUCAGAGAUUGUCUCUGGGAACACUUUCGUGUUAAUUGGCCUUGCUUACAGUGUUCCCAAGUGAUCCUUUGGUCCACUUUGAAAACUCACCCAGACCUCCUAUUCCAUUGAAGAGAAGUCCUAAUCUACCAGCUCUUCAAACUUACUCCAUAAUUGUCCCCAGACAUGGGUCAAAAAGAUGAACGCUGUUGAUUUUUCAUUUUUUAAGGGUGUCAAAGGUUUGAAUAUUGAAAGAAAAAAAUUACUUCACAUCUUUCAAAUUGGAAUUUUGACCAUUAAUGUUUAAAAAUGUAUCUUUAACUUUCCAAGAAAAGAUUUAAAAUACUAGAAUUUCAUUCAGUGCAGCCUACCUUAGUUAUGAAUCUUUAAAAGCUAGUAUUUUGGAAUACAGUGGUACCUCAAUUAGAUAGUUCAGUAAUUCUUAAUUCUUGCAUAUUUGAAGAAAAGGAGCAAAAAUAGGUUAAGAAAAGUGCCCCAAGUUCACUUGAAUUUCCCUGAAAUUAUUUGAACGAUAACAAUCCGAAAAAAAAGUUCAAAGUUACAUAUUUUUUCUGAUGAGUGUCAUGAGAAAGUAUACAUUUUGGGACGUUUCUGAAAUGCUGACAGGUUUUUAGAGUUGUUUCACUUUUCAGUCUUUCUUCAGAACUCUAGGGAAAUUAAACCUACCGAAUCAAUAAUUUUCGUUCUAGCAAAUAGGAUACUGUGACCUGUACCAUAACUGUUUCAUUAAGCUAUAAAAAAGGUAGAGCCAUAGAACAACCUGCUUUUGUUAUUUAACCAUUUUGAAAAAAAUGUUUGCAUUUAUAGCUGUUACCUUGUUACCUGUCCUCGAAAAGCAAUAACGUUCAUUAUUCUUGGAUCUACGCAAGCGAGCAAAGUCUUUUUAUAGACUUUUUACAUCCUAGAAUUAUCUUCGUACGGAGUCAAUGCAGAAAUUAACCAAUGUAGAUACGUAUUUUUUUCCACUUAUUGGAAAAUUAUCGGACCAUAAUUUUGAUCCUGUAGUAAUCUUAAGGAACUAAUUUUGCAAAACAAACCAUUGACCCUACUCUCUGACAAUAGAUGUAUAAUCGGGCCCAACUUUUUGCGUAUUGUUUUUGAGAAUGUAUUAUAUUUUUGGAUAGUUCCUCUCUCUGUUACCCCCUUCUUUUGGCUGUAUUUUAUUUUUUUAAAUUUUUAUUUAUUUUUUUUUUUUAGUGGGAAGGCCUUAGUACUUCCAAAUACAUUGUACGGUCUACUGUUCAUUUUUGGAGCGGUUAUAGUGAAUGGAAGGAUUAUAGUGAAUGGAAGGAUUAUAGUAAAUGAUGCACCAAAACAGUCGUAACUUAAAUAACCCUUACCGAGGCUAGCUAAGUUAUACUUUGGCAAGCACCUAAGUAGUUUUUCUUGAGAAGAGUGUUUGCACGACUCAUUUGAUUUUUUACCAGGCUGCCUGUCAACCUGAGGCAAAACUGCAAGUGGAUUGCAUGUGACUGUGUGACUUGAUCUGUGAUUGCAUGUGACUGUGGUACAUUGAUCAAACCAUUUCCCUCCGGAGUUCCAUUCCAAUCGGUAAAAAUUUAGGCUGGUCAUUGACUGCAUCUUUUGGAAGAAAAACAAUGUCAGAUUGGCAUUCAGGGAAGAUAAUAAAUGUAUCAUUUGUAUGGAUAUAGGUAUUCACAUUUCCAAUUGAAGUGAUAUUUUUUGUAUAGGCCCAAGCGCCAAAAUCUAAAAUAAGUAUUCUUCGGACACAUACAUUUUUGGGCUCAAAAGAUUGGGAGCUAGCCGAAUGGCGCAGUUUACCUGUUUUUCUUCAAACUUGGAUAUUGGCACUUGGGCCCCUAAGAAAAGUAUUGGUUCCAAUGAGUUAUUCUGAUGAUUCAUAACUUAAAGUCAGCCGAGUAUAAUUAGGACCUACUAAUAGAAACCCUAGUUCCAUUUAUUGGGCUGCUAAGUAGAUAGAUUGUUGUCAGUGUAGUUUGUUACAUGCACAGGCCACGGAAACUGGACGUAGCAGUCAGCUUGCACCCCAAUUUUAACAAACACAUUAAGGUUUUCAAGACUUAUUUUUAUGAAAAAUGACAGCUGCUAACAUGUUUAAUUUUUGUAAGAAUAAGAUCUUUAGUCUCAUUAUAUUGUGAUCAGGUAGAGUUUCAAGCUUCAAAAUUUUACCUUCCGAUAACUGUCUGAUGUGCAGCUCUUUCUUCUCAAUCAGAAUCAUACUUGUACAUUCAACUGAACAACGAUAAACCGUUUAGGUUUAAUAGAUCUGGGACCAAUUUGUGAGCAAAUUAUGACGAGACACAAAUUCACCACAAGACAAUCAAUCGACUGGACAGGGAGUUAUUUUAUAAAAUUGAGAAUAAUAAUUCAUAAGGUAUGUUGAACAAAGUUAUGCUCUUCCCCAUUCAAGCACAUAAAAUUAAGGAAACGCUCAGUUGCAUUGGUUUCGUUUUGACAAGAAGUUAGAAACUGGGUUCCAAUUCUGGAAUAUUCAAUUCUUACUGGCCCACCUGUCCCCGUAGACAAAAUUUCCCACCAAGAAUGAAACACUACCAAUGCAACCAAGCGUUUAGUCGAUUUUGGGUGGUUUGUAACGGAGAAGCAUACCUCUGCUUUUUUGAGCUUAAGUUCAUCGGUGUACAACCAGUCAUUCAACCGUGGGUUUUUUUCAUCUAAGUGUAAUCUUUACUAUCAUUGUUCUCCGAAAUGUUGUCCUUAAAUACAGAAUAGGCUGAAAAGUCAGGGCCUCUCCAAAGAUGCACAGAUUAGAAUAAUAGGUAAUAUAAAGUCAUACAUUCCACAGAAGUGAAUUGAGCUUCUGUAACCGGGUUCACUUUAAAUUCAUUGAGAUUUUACUAAUUCGGAUUUAUUUAUCCUAAUUUUUGUAAGUAUUAUAAAGUUAUUUGUAUCAGUUCCGACCGAGUGUGCGUUGGGUAUGUUACUGACUGCUUCCUUUUCUUUUGUCAAAGCAUAUCACGCAAUAACUUCCUUUCUUUUGUAGUUUCUAUUUUAAGUAAAAUCCCAUGUAGCACAGAUAAGCAUAUUUAACGCAUAUUUUUUGGUGGAAGAGAAUUUUUCGGGGGUAAGUUUUGUCCAACAUGUAAAUCGCUAUGUGCAGUACUGUUUUGUCUCGUCAGUUCAAGUGAAGAGUCAGAUUCUAGUACAUAAUCUAGGGAUGACUUGUGUAUCACAAUCAUAUCCAAACAUGUUGGAUAAAAAUUUCGAUCUCGCAACCUGAACCAGAACUCUUAAGCUUUAUCUGUCUUACACAAGUGAUAUGAUAAGUACUCAUCGAAAUUCUUCAAAUGUGCAAUAUUUUAUCGGAAAAAUUAGUCUUUUUUAUUUGUAAUCCUAGUUGUCAGCUGCUGUGCAUGGGUGCGAAUCUACAUUGUGAUGUCGCAUAUUUUUGUGAAGUUUUUAUUUUCAAAACAAAUCAUUAUUGCCCCCCAGAUAUGGAGACCCAUAGAGAGGUUCCUUAUCAAUACACAUGAACAAAAUUUGCAGAUAUUUUCAGAAAAUUUGGUAAAAUGGUUCAUACAAGGUAGAAUGAUUUAGUCGUGGAUGCUUCUAAACACUGUGAUGUAGAUAUGUUCACAUGCACAGCAACGUAUUCCUAUGUUUAUACUGAAGAAUUCUAAUCUUAUCCUGAUUUUUUUCACCGGAAAGACUAGUCAAAGCACAUUAAUUACGAAGUAUCAAAAAUGAAAAAAUAAUGCUUUUAUGAUUGAUAUUUUAACUCUCACGCUUGAUCAAAUUUUCGAUCAAGGUCUUUCUUGAUACUUGCCAUUCUGUUGGAAAAAAUAACAGAUCUAACAUUUCUAAAUCUUUCUGUCAUUAUUAGGUGAACGUAAAUUACAUGUAAGUAGCUACUUUUCUAAUUUCUUUUUAUUGGAUCAAAAUAUCAUUGUAGUUUGCUAAUUCUGUCCACCUCUUGUAGUAAAUUAUGGUUUGUUGAUUCUAGAUGUGACUGAAGGAAACUAAAAAAUGUAUAGGCAAUUUUAAUAUUGCAUACAGAAACACAAAGACAGUGAGACUGUAGAAAUGCAUAUCUCGGUUUGCGAUGUUGCAGACUUCCUGUCACACUUUAUUCUCUACAUGGAUAACUAUACUGAACGUCAUUUUCCUCAAUAAUUUUAGUGAUUUACUUCUCUCUACGAAGAAUAUACUGUGAAAACUUCAAGCCAUGAUGUUGGUUCGGUCUUCUUUUAAUAAAUAAAGUAGUAACAGAGAUUUCAAAACACCAUACCUGAGAUAUGCAUUUCUGAAGUUUCACCAUCGAUAAUUUGUAAAUGAAGGAUUAGAAUGAUGCUUAGAGAAUUGAUAAAUUCACAAAAAACAGAAAAAUUCAUACAAGAAAAAAAAUUGCGAAAUAAUGGAACAGAAACGGGUACAUUUUCAAAAUUCAAAAUGGAAAAGGAUGUCAAAAUUUGAAAUGGAGUCUUUUCGCAGGAAAAAAAAAGAGUAGAAAUUGCAGAGAAUUAAAUUACUGUGUUUUACUUGAAACAACUCAGUUUCCUUUUGAAUCGUUUUGCAAACUGGGAUUCCUGAACAAUUUCGACUUUUUUUUAGGUUUGCUCAGUGUAUUUUUUUAAGUUUUUGUGCUCCUAUAAAUUACCAUUUUUAGGAAAUUUUGCAUUGAAAAUUUGACCUGAAUGUAAACGCAUUUAUUUCUGAGUUAAUUAUAAACCAGUGAAAAUGAAGAAUCUGAAAUGUUGAAUCUCAUCAUUAGCUUUUGAUCUCUGGGAUAUUGCAAGCAACUUUCUAGAGUUCAUUACUUAAACAUUUUCCAAAUUACAGUAGAACCCCGGCUAUGCAUAGUAAUUGAGACCAGAGGCUCUGCAGAUAAUCUGCAGACCGAAAAAAACACUGUAUAAGUUGUUUCUUUCUUUAACAGCGUUGUAGGAUUGUUGGAAGAAAGUGCAAUUAAAAAUAUUGGAUCCAUGAAAGUGUCUGAACAAGAUCUUUGCCUAUGCAACUCUUUACCUUCCUUUAGCCUUAUUCCAGUUGUACUUAAGCUGAGGUAUUAAUCUAUAAUCUCUCUUUAUAUUGGUAGCUUUUUUGGUUUUAUUUUUUUACACCUGUAUCUCUUGAUUUUCUUACUUUGAGCAAGAUAUGUUAUAGAAUUAAAAUUAUCAAUCUAAAUUCCAAGAAUGGUUUUUGAAUUUGAAUCAGUGAGAACGAAAA